GAAUCUAUGGAUCAUCCCUUUUUAGUGAGAAAGGACCGGACAGGGUUCCUAAUCUGUGCAUAGAUCCCACUUUAAAUGUAAUUUGUGCUGCAUUAAAAAAAAUCUCGAAGAAUUUAGUAUGCAAAAAGGAACAUUUACACCUUCUGAUCGCAAGUUUUUGUUAUGAAUAUCCUAUCUGAGGAACAAUUUGUAGAAAAACUUUCAAAGAAAUUGCAUUUUGAAGAAGUUUUCGCGGAAAAGGCGAGUGAUUUAGCCAAAGAAAUCAUCGAUCAAUUGCUUAAUCACAAAAAUUUGCCGAGUGAUGUAAAUAGAUUAACGUACAGCAAAAUAGUGGUCCAUUCAUUGUUACUUAGUCAUGACUUUACAUUGAAUCAACCAACAACUUUCAACCUGUUGGAUGAUGGUAUUCUGAAGUAUAAGUACACAUAUCGCCAUCGAACUGAAUUUUUAUAUAACAUCGUCUACAAUGUUGAAGCUCAAUACGUCCUCGUCUACAUGAUACGAUUGUUAGGCGAUGAAUAUCAUGAUUGUGUUACUGUUGCGAUUGUUGAUCAACCGGAGUUUUCAAACGAUUCGAUGUUGCAAGACUGUUAUAGAACGGAGAAACUUCUCAUUUCUUUACUUAAGAAGUGGAACAAAUUAUGGACUAAUUUCAGGAAACCAACUGGCCUUAGUGACAGUGAGACAUCGAGUUCUCCAGAUCGAUCAAGCUGAUGUCCAAAACUUCCUUCUUCAAAUUGAUAACUGAGAAUUGUGUCGAAUUUUGUAUAAAAUAAUGUUGGAUCUGUGAACUUUUCUGGUCAAAAUAAUAUUUUGUAUUUUACUAAAA